AUGAAAGACGAGGCGUGGCGGCAGGCCCAGCACGCAGCUACGGCCCUCACGACGCAGCCUCUCACAGAAGAGGCGCAUGCAGAUGUACGCAUCGUGAUCCAAGCUGUACGUAUGGAUGAGCCACGUGCCUAUGCAUUGGCCCAUACGUGCGAACGUUGGCUGGACGAGCGCUUGGCAUCGCACCCACGUCGCGAUGUCUGCUCGCUCGCGUUAUGUGUGUACACGUACAAGUUGGGAUCUGUCUACGAGGCAUGGAAGUACAUUCGUAUGCGCCAUCCGACCUGGCGUCCUCAUCGUGACGAUGCCGCCUGGGCCGUGCAGCGCCUUGUGGCCACGCGCGAUGAGCCGUCACUCAGGCAUGCGAUGGCCAUUGUGCAGGACAUGCAUACGCAUGGCACUGUCGCCCCUCGCACUAUCAAUACCCUACUAGCCGCCUUGCAAGACAGUCCAGAAGCUUUGGCUCUUGUCGAAGCGCUAGGUGUACACUCGCUGGACUUGGUCGGGGCCAGCACCUGUCUGCAUACGUUUGCGAAGCCGGGAUGCAUCACGCCGCUUCUCGAUGAAGUCGCGACACAUUUGCGCACGUGCCUGUCUGCCACCUCCAGCACCGAUGUAGUGGCAUGGCAUGCCUACCUCCAAUACGAAGGAGCGAAAUAUGAUGGAGCGCAUGCGCUACAAACCGCCCGCGAGGCGCUCGCCCGCGGUGCGUUUACCCCCACACCUUAUACAUUCUCUACUCUCCUGCUGUGCUACCAUGACCAGUGGCCCUCUAUCACCACAUGCGAUGCAGCGCUCGAUCUCCUUCGCGAGAUCGCCGAUGUACUGCGUAUACCCCCAUCAGCGCAUGCGCUGAGCAUUGCCAUUCGUGCUGUUCUGCAGAUCGAUUCCAAGGAUCUGAAUCAGGCGUACGAAGCGCAUGCACUGUACACGGAGGCACGUCAUUUAUACCAUAUUGCUCCUGAUACGGCCCUCGUACAGCCACUGAUUGAGGCACAUUGCACAGCGUUUGUCCCGGCGCUGGACCGCGCGUGGGCGCUGUUGGACGAUGUCCUAACACCUGCGCGGCCCUCGCUCUUCGCACGGUUCCGUGCUCCACCACCACCACGCCCACAUGUGGACCUGGGCGUGUUUUAUCCCAUCAUGAUGGCGUGUGCGCGUCUACACGAUAUCCCACGUGCCGUCACCUUAUGGCAACGCAUGUCGGCGUCACAGAUACGCGCUGCACCCCAUGCCUUGUGGACUAUGCUACGUCGUGUAUGGGAUGCAUGCACCACCUUUGACGAAGUGAGCGACGUCUACCAACACGCACACAAACUCCCAAGCUGGGAUCGAGCACUCUAUGCCAAGGCCCUGGCAUAUCUGUGCCGCAUGACGCUGCCGGGGGCACGCGCACCGCCGUCACUGCCUUUAGAAAUUCUGCAUGAUAUGCGCCAGGCUGGGUGCCAUCCAAGUGCACAGACGUAUACCAUUCUCUUGGACUUUUAUGCCAAGACACGUGCGAGCUUGGCAGUCGUACGUGCAACACAUACCCUUCUUCAGCGUGAUUGGCAACUGGAACCUGAUUUGAUUUUACUACAUGCGCUGAUGAACGCGUACAAUUAUGCAGGCGCACCUGCCCAGGUGCUGGGUAUUUGGGACAGCUUAGUGGUGCUGUGCCACAAUACUGGGCAAGCAACGUGCAUGGAUGAUGUGACAGUGACCAUCGUCUGUGAUACGUGCGGUCGUGCUGGGCUGCUUGACGUGGUGCGUGAGGUGAUGUCGACGGCGACCAACCUAGAUGCACAGCGAUUGCGGACCAAGAACGCGCUGGAUGCAUACAUGGAAGCCCUUGCUCGCUGUGGUGCCUUUGACGACGCCGUACAUACCGUGUUUCAUGACAUGACUCAAGCCACGACCACACAGCCCGACGCAAAGACCAUACAGACCCUGUGGCAGUUUGCACGCAACCAGCCACCUGAGAAACGGGAAGCGCUACGCCAACGUUUGCAGGCUACCUUUCCAGACGUUUGGUCCACCAUCGCGUAG